AAAGCACUUGAGUGGGGACGGCGCGGGUCGCGCUGCCCGGGGAGCCGUAGCCGCUCGGCUCCCUCGCGCUCCACCUCUCGCGGGAUCCGCGCCCCACUCGACGCCAGCUGUCUCGGCCGGCUGCCCCGCUGGCGGGGUGGGGGCCGCCAUGGUGCACAUCCUGCACCAGAGCCUGUCGCCGCGAUCCAUGGACCCUCCGGACGCUCGCCAGGAUGCCCGGGGCUGCUGUGUGGUGCAGGAGGAGGCAUCUCCCUAUUCUUUGAUCAACAUCUGCUUGAAUGUCCUGAUAGCUAAUCUGGAGAAAGUGUGUUUUGAAAGAUCUGACGGAACUCUUUGUCUUCCGGAGCAUUGGUGUUUCCCUCAGGAAGUAGCUGACAGAUUCCUUGGGGUGAUGACUUGCCAAGGUAAGCUGACUGAUAGAACAGCAAGUAUUUUCCAAGGCAACCAAAUGAAACUGAAACUGGUCAAUAUUCAGAAAGCUAAAAUCUCUACUGCUGCAUUCAUAAAAGCCUUCUGCCAUCAUAAACUCACUGAACUGGAUGCCACUGAAGUGCACAAUGACCUCCCGAUCUCAGAUAUCAUAAGUGGGCUGUGCAGCAAUAGUUGGAUCCAGCAAAACCUCCAGUGUCUCCUUUUGGAUUCAGCAAGCAUUCCUCAAGAUUCAAGACUUCUCUUCAUUGGUCAGCUCACUGGCCUUCGGGUUCUAAGUGUUUUCAAUGUUCGUUUUUACAGCGAAGAUUUGGCUAAUGUUUCUCAGUUACCAAGACUAGAAAGCUUGGAUAUCUCCAAUACUUUGGUCACUAACAUCUCUGCUCUCCUUACCUGUAAAGAUCGACUCAAAUCUCUCACAAUGCAUUAUCUGAAAUGCCUGACCAUGACUAAAUCACAGAUUCUCGAAGUAAUUAGAGAACUUAAAUGUCUGCUUCACCUUGAUAUUUCUGACCACAGGCAACUCAGAUCAGAGCUUGCUUUUCAUCUGCUGCAGCAGGAGGAUAUUCUGCCCAAUAUUGUGUCGUUGGAUAUCUCAGGGGCCAGUGCCAUCACUGAUGAAGCUGUAGAACUGUUUAUACAGCAGCGGCCCAAGAUGCAGUUUGUGGGACUGCUGGCCACAGAUGCUGGUUAUUCUGACUUCUUUACUACUAAGGAAGGUUUGAGGGUUGCUGGCGAAGCCAAUAUGAGUCAGAUUUCAGAAGCACUGAGCCAAUAUAGGAAUAGGUUAUGUUUUAUGAAGGAAGCCCUCUACAGGCUUUUUACAGCAACAUUUUCAGUGCAAGUAACUAUGCCUGCCAUUUUAAAGCUUGUGGCUGUAGGAAUGAGGAAUCAUCCAUUUGAUUUGUCAGUGCAAUUCACAGCCAGUGCUUGCGUUCUCAAUCUAACACGCCAGGGACUGGCCAGGGGGAUGCCUGUCCGUCUGUUGUCAGAAGUCACCUGUCUACUUUUCAAGGCUCUGAAAACUUUCCCCCAUUACCAGCAGUUACAGAAGAAUUGUCUUCUCUCCUUAACCAAUUCCAGGAUUCUUGUGGAUGUUCCAUUUGACAGGCUUGAUGCUGCCAAGUUUGUUAUCAGAUGCCUCUGUGAAAAUGAAGACCCCAAGAUACAGACAAUGACAGUGAGCAUCAUCUCUAUUCUAGCCCUGCAGCUCUCAUCUGACCAAAUCACACAACUUGAAGAACUCUCCAUGGCAGUCAAGAAACUUCUCACUAUAGUAAAGCAGAAGACUUCUGAGACUUCAGAUGAUGUCACCUUCUUGUUUACUUUGAAAGCACUUUGGAAUCUGACAGAUGCCUCUCCCACUGCCUGCAAGUACUUUGUUGAAAAUCAAGGCUUACCGAUCUUCAUCCAAGUUUUAGAGACUUUUUUACAGCCAACAAUACAAAACAAAGUUCUUGGUCUAUUGAACAACAUAGCUGAAGUCAAAGAGCUCUCUUCCAUGUUGGUGACUGAAGAUGUAGUAAGGCAUAUCAGCAGCUUGCUCCAUAGCAAAGAAAUGGAAAUCAGCUACUUCGCUGCAGGCAUCAUAGCUCAUGUGACAUCUCACCAAGAGCCCUGGAUAUGCCGUGGCCUUCAGAGGAAUGCUCUUCUCCGGGACUUGUAUGAAACUGUCCAGAAUUGGCCUAGUUCAAGUUGUAAGAUGACAGCAUUGGUGACCUACAGAUCCUUCAAGUCCUUUUUCCCACUCCUUGGCAACUUCUCUCAACCAGAGAUCCAGCUGUGGGCAUUAUGGGCAAUAUAUCAUGUCUGCAUUAAAAACCCCAGCAAAUACUGCAAAAUGUUAGUCGAAGAAGAAGGAUUGCAGCUUCUGUAUGACAUCCAGGAGCACAGUGAGGCACACUCGCAAGCACAGAAGAUUGCAACCUCCGUUUUAGAUGACUUCAAGAUGCAUUUCAUGAACUAUCAAAGGUCUAUGUGUUGAGUGCUCUUAGCCUAGGAGGCUCAAAAGAUGUUUUUUGUUUGUUUGUUUUUUCCAAUGUCAGAUAUUCUGCCAUGUCAGCAGUUCAGUGUUGAAAUUUGUGUUUAUCAGUUGGGCUACCUCAUUGGUUUUAUUGUUGAUAUUGUAUAAGUUUUGAAAGUUUGGAUUUAUAUGAUAGCUACACUCCCAAAUCAAUUUGAAGCCAUCCCAGGAACCACCUCACUAGCAAUUUUGAGAAAUCAAGCCCUAAACUCCGGGAAGACCUGUGAUGUGAGCUUGCACUGGAAUAGCUGCGCCAGCUACUCUGUCUGCUUGUCGACUUGGGCUUCGUCAAAAGGGAAAAACCCACAGGGAGACCUUUACAUUUUUUUGUUAAAUUUUAUGUUUAAAAGAAUCUCCUGAGAUGUUACUGCUGGUUCUGUGAGACACUGGAAAAGGAAUCCAUGAACAAUGUUCCAGGAAAUAUGUACUCAAAUACUUUGUUUGAAAUGAAAAACCUCUGCUAGGAGGAAAAAGAUAUUUAUUUUUACAGAUACUAAAGUACCUCCCACACUUACGUGGCAGAAGAAAAGUUUAUUUUUUAUAGUUUGGGAUAUAUUCUAUCUUUGGCCUCCCUGCCCCUCUAACUUUACACUUUACACCAAACGAGUAUAGUGUUCUGCCUAAUGGAUGUCCUGGUGUGUGUGGUGGAGACUGUAGUUCUCAAAGAUUUGUUUCUAAGUAGGAUUAUGACCAAUACCAAGAGAAAGAAACAAAAACUUUGCCAAAGUUUUAAGAAGUGCUCUUACCUAGCAUAGAGAUUAGGAAAAAAAUUUUUUUUCCCCAAAAUCUAAAUUCAAUCAGAAUAUAAAGUAUUGCAAGUUGUCAUUUGUAUCCUGCAAAGCUUUUCUGUGGAAUAGGGUAUGAACUCCUUCCUUGUGUUGUUGAUGGCUGAUGAGACAUCUCGUACCAUCCAUCUGUUUACUUCUCUAAUCUUAACUUUAGUGUUAAGAGAUAGCUUGAUUGGUAUGGUGUGGCCCUUACCAUACACAAAGCACCAGAGGAUCUCCAUAGAUGAUAGAAUGGUACUGUGGUCUCUUCUCUAUCUAUCUGUCUCUCUACCUGAAAUAAAAAGAAUGAAAUAACUACAACCCAGGAGGUGGAGUAAGUGCACUAAGUAUUAGGCCCUUAAGAGUGAGGGCAUGAGUUUAUAUACUCAUGUACAACAUCAUAUGUACUAGAGUGAUGCUCUGCCUCAUUCUUUCAUUAAUAAAUAAUCUUAAAAAGAGGUGAAAAACUGGCAUGGAGCAGUGACUCAUGUAUGCACAAUGCCUUGGCAUCUUUAUUUUAUUGGCAGCAUUUUUACGACUAGAUUUUCUUUUGUCUCUUAACUGACAGGGCCCAGACUGGAUUGGAAUGCCAUGUGUACUGUGUUGGGAUCAAAUGAGAAAGGGCGGCUUACUUAAAUACUGUUUUUAUCUGUUUUAAAAUCUACUUGAUUUAUUUAUUGGAUAGAGACAGAAAUGGAGAUGGAAGGGAGAGAGAAGGAAAGAGAGAGGGGAUACCUACAGCACUGUCUCGCCACUUACGAAGCUUCCCUUGAAUCUGGGUCCUUGCACAUGGUAACUGAUGUGUUCAGCUGAGCCACCACCUGGCCCUACACCAUUAUUUUAAACUGUUGUUUACUUAUAUCACUGAAUAAAAGGAAUUUGUAACCUG